AUGCUGACCGCAGGCCGGUCAUUGACUUUCUGGAUAUACCGAGCCUCUGUCUUUUUGGCUCUCGGCCAAAAUGCGCUCUCCAACGCGACCGCACAGCCGCCCUCGAACGGCGCGCAGGCUGCUCCUCCCACGACACCGGUGACAACAUGUCCGACGAGGAGUACUUGGCAGACGGAGGCGGAGCUCUUCAACCUACCGCCGUGCCUAGAGACGCGCUGGGGGCCAGGUCGCGAUAUGUAUCUUGCUUCAACAAUACCCGAUCCAAAUGCGACAGCCAACGAUCCGGUCGUUAAUUCAACUGCAGUCUCGAGCGGGGCAUCUGAAGAGACAGCGAAAACGACCUCAGACCAGAUCGCAGAACAAGACCAAGACACAGACUCGCUAUUGGACAGCGCUAGUUUCCUCUCAUUUGAGGACUGGAAGAAACAGAACCUAGCGAAGGUUGGACAAUCAGCGGAGAAUGUUGGAGGGAGCAGACGUGCCGCUGCCGCUGGAAAGGAAGACCGUCGGCAGCCGGCAGGAAUCCAUAAUGCUUUAGAUUCGCUGGGCGACGAUUCCGAGAUCGAGUUGGACUUUAGUGGGUUCGGCGCUGAGACGCCCGAGGCUAGUCCUACCGCUUGGGACUCGCAUAUUCCGUCGCGCGACGCCGGGCAGGCGGGAAAUGCGGAUCGAAAAGGCGAGGGGGACUCACACGGGCAGGGUGCGCUUCAGAGAGAUGCGUCGCGCCGUAAGGAUGCUGGCACUACUUGCAAGGAGCGAUUCAACUAUGCUUCCUUUGACUGCGCGGCUACAGUGCUGAAAACAAAUCCCGAGUGCAAGGGUUCGUCUUCUGUGCUCAUUGAGAAUAAGGACAGCUAUAUGCUCAAUGAGUGUCGCGCCAAGAACAAAUUUCUUAUCCUAGAACUGUGCGAUGAUAUCCUGGUUGAUACAAUUGUUCUUGCAAACUAUGAGUUUUUCAGCUCUAUCUUCCACACGUUCCGCGUGAGUGUUUCGGAUCGGUAUCCCGCAAAGCCGGACCAGUGGAAAGAACUUGGGGUUUAUGAGGCACGCAACACUCGUGAGGUGCAAGCUUUCGCAGUAGAGAACUCGCUUAUCUGGGCUCGAUACCUUCGAAUUGAGUUCCUCACGCACUAUGGACAUGAGUUUUUCUGCCCUGUCAGCUUAAUUCGAGUGCAUGGUACCACCAUGAUGGAAGAGUACAAGCAUGGAGAAAACUCUGAACGCGCCGAGGUUGAGGAGUUGGAGGCCAGUGAAGCUAAUCAGCUUCCCGAAGAUUUGGAAACCAAGCCCGUCAAGGUGCCGGUCGAGGAAGUUGUUCCUGCGGUAGAACCUAGCCUUGCAGUGGAUGAAGUUUGUCCGAACCCUCUAUCAGAGGCUGUGUCGCCCUUUGUGAAGCUCAAUGAUGUAUGUGGUAUUAAUGAUGGGCUGCCUGUCACAACUCCAUCGCCGUCCGGCACAACGGCUCAGACCAAUCUGCCGCCGAAACAGAACUCUACUGUUGCGGCUGGAGGCAGUUCCUCCGAGAUCAAUGUCGGACCAUCUGCUCCGCCAAAAGCCGAGGAUACUCGAAAGCAGGGUGAACCUGCCAAACAUAGCGUGACUCCUCCAGAUGCCUCAACCAUAUCCUCGGAGCCUGCUCAGCAGAACACCACAUCCGAGACCUUAGGGAAAGCCACAGCCAACCCCAAAGAGGAGCAGAACGUUCCUCCCCCAGAGUCGAUGAGACCUACAAACACUCAACCGCCAUCGGCAAACCCCACGACCCAAGAAUCCUUCUUCAAAUCUGUCCACAAGCGGCUCCAGAUGCUUGAGUCGAACUCCACCUUGUCUCUUCUUUAUAUUGAGGAGCAAUCUCGCAUCUUGCGUGAUGCCUUCAACAAAGUUGAGAAGCGGCAGCUAGCGAAGACAUCGACCUUCCUCGAAAACCUAAACGUAACUGUUCUCAACGAAUUGAAAGAGUUCCGCGAGCAGUACGACCACGUCUGGAAGUCUGUUGCUCUGGAAUUUGAGCACCAGCGCAUGCAGUACCACCAAGAAGUACACUCUCUCAGCAGGCAGCUCGGUGUCCUUGCCGACGAAUUGGUUUUCCAAAAGAGAGUCACCGUGAUUCAGAGCAUCAUGGUCCUCUGCUGCUUUGCCCUCGCCCUAUUCUCCCGAGGCUCGGGAAGCAACUAUAUGGAAUUCCCUGCCGUUCAAAGAAUGGUCACUCGAUCCUACAGUCUACGGUCUUCAUCUCCACCUUUUGCCUCUCCAUCACCUAGUCCGGGGUCGACACGUCCAACUUCGUCUUCAUACCGUGAGAACAAAGGCCAUCGCCGAAACCUGUCUGACUCGUCCGACCAAGAUAGCCCCGGUAGUCCAACCGGGGCCUAUUCCCCACCGACUCCCACGUCUUCUUCUCCAACAGAAAGAGACGCGGAGGAGACAGAGAAGGCGGAAGAACCUGCCUCUCCCGAGUCUCUGUCUUUGCCUACUCUGGCGACACCACAGCCCCGUUCUCAUAGUACGCCACCUGUAUUAAAUGGGCGACCUGUUGAUCUGGAUAUGGAUACAUCGGCUGAUGUUGAUCUGGUUACCGAUAAUGCACGGUCGCCUGAGCUGUGA